GAAGACUGGCGAUUAGCGUAGGAGCGAUUGCGGCGAUUACUCUUAGCCUUGCGGGAUUCUUCUCGCUGCUAUCGUUUGUGGUAUGGUGGUAUAAGAUUAGGGCGUCCGAGAAUGUCACUCCUUAUACCGAUGGUAACGUUGGUGUGAGUGAAAAGGAUGUAAAUGAUUGA